CCGCCCGUACCGGGGAGAGCGGGGUGGGGGUGACCCCAGGACCGUGAUUGUGGGAAACGGGGACCGGAGGGAGCGGAGGCUGCGGGGAGUCCGGUGCCUCCGGGGCUGGGACCGGGGGGGGCGGGGGCGGGGCCCGGGCGGUGCCUGCUGCCGUCGGGGCGGUCCCGGUGCCGCCCCCCGUCCCGCCCCGAGCCCAGCCCAGCCCAUCCCGACCCAUCCUUCCCAUCGCCCGGCGAGCAGCGAGCGGGGCCGGGGCCCCGGCACCACGGGCAGCAGGGGAAGGAGGCCCUCAGGCUGGCACCAUGACAGAGUGCUUCGACUGCGACAACUGCAAGGAGUCCUUGUAUGGGCGCAAGUACAUCCAGAUGGACAAUGGCCCCUACUGCAUCCCCUGCUACGAUGCCCACUUUGCCAACACCUGUGAUGAGUGCAAGGAGCUGAUUGGCCACGACUGCAGAGAGCUGUACUACGAGGAUCGCCAUUACCACGAGCACUGCUUUCGUUGUUUCCGCUGUGACCGUUCUCUGGCCGACGAGCCGUUUACCUGCCAAGGAGAGGAGCUGCUGUGCAACGACUGCUACUGCAGCGAGUUCUCCUCUAAAUGCAUUGCCUGCGAGAAGACAGUCAUGCCAGGAUCCCGUAAGCUGGAGUACAACGGACAAACCUGGCAUGAGCAUUGCUUCAUAUGCAGCAGCUGCCAGCAGCCCAUCGGGUCACGAUCCUUCAUCCCAGACAAGAAGGAUUAUUACUGUGUCCCCUGUUAUGAGAGCAAGUUCGCUCCUCGCUGCACCCGUUGCAAAAAGACCCUGACCAAGGGAGGAGUGACUUACCGGGAUGAGCCGUGGCACAAGGAGUGUUUCGUCUGCACAGGCUGCAAGACGCCCCUGGCUGGGCAGCAGUUCACCUCCCAGGAUGACAACCCGUACUGCAUCAAGUGCUUCGGGAACCUCUACGCCAAGAAGUGCAGCGCCUGCACGAAGCCCAUCACAGGCUUUGGCGGUGGUAAAUACGUCUCCUUUGAGGACCGUCACUGGCAUCAUAAUUGCUUUAACUGCGCCCGCUGCAACACCUCACUGGUUGGGAAAGGCUUCAUCCCUGACAACGAUGAGAUCCUGUGCCGCGACUGCAGCAGCGAUCUAUGAGCUUCUGAGGACACCGUGGGGCAGGGGCUUUCUCCAUUCUUCAGGGUCUUUGUGCCAGAUACCCCAGCAGUAUUUCAGGGGCAGGGCACGAGGCGCAGGAGAUGGGGGCUGACUCCGAACCGCGGUGCCUUCUGGGGGUUCCUGUGCCCCUCCCUGAAGGCUAGAGUACGCUAUGCUAUGGCUCUGGGCAGAGUCAAAGCUAAAUAAAGUUGAAAAAGGAGCUUCAAGAUCCCCCCAUUAUUUACUCUUUCCUUUUGCUUCCUGUCUGACCAGGCACAAGCUGAGCCCAGGACGCUGGCUGAGCAAGGGGCAGCAGCUUCAGCGCUGGGCUGCUGGGUCUGCACGCUGGCAGCGUGUGUUUGCCUCCCCCUGGCACUGUGCUGACUUUUCUCUUUUCCUCCUGUGUUUCCCUUGCUCUGUGUGAUACAAGGCGGCAGCUCCUGGUCUCCGUGUGGCCUGGCCUGCGGAGCGGAUGGCUUUGCAGCACAGCCUUUCUGUACACGUGGCUGCCCUGUGGUGAUGCAGGUGUGAAGGGUACUCUCUGCCCUGUUUUGGGAGGCUUGGAGACACCAGGCUGGAGUGUGGCCAGGAGAAGAGUGUGUCCCCUACCAAGUGGGAUCCCUGUAGCCACCUCGCUGUUUGUGGGCCAGACCUUUUCCUCUGCACGUCUCCUUGGAGGUGCUCUUACUCAGAUAUGGAUGAGGAGCUCAAAUCGCUUGCAGGUACGAGGCAUUUUGCACCCACCACCUCCCUGCCCCAUUCCUGUCCAUCUGUGCUGGGGUCUCCUACGGCUGCCUCUGAGCUGGAGCUGGUGGGUAUCAGCCCACUGGUGGUCCCUGUGGAGAUGCACCUGGCAGAGCCAUGGAGAAGGGCGUGCUGAAGGCUGAGAACACCGAGAGCUUUAUUCUGUCCCUCUCUGCCAGUGGCACUGGAGGCACUGGAGACUUUCUGUUAACUGGGGGAGAGGAGGGCUGCCCGCAGGCUGCUGGGAGCACCAGAGCGGAGCGUCUGCAGGAUUGCAAAGAUCAGCUGAGGUGCCCACAACCUGUUUCUGCCAGGGCUGUGACCCCAUCCUGGCAGGCAGAGUGGCAGCUCAUCCCUUGUUGGGAUGCAAAGCAAAGCCGAGUUGGCACCUGGGCUGCCCUAAGGAGGGGCUUUUGCAUCUCACGGUUCCCUGUGUUUGCCCUAAUUGUGCAAAAUAGGACAUUUUGAACCAGCGUGGACUGGCACAAGGGCUUGAACCAUCCUUUCGUGACGGCAGAGCUGGCCCUGCGCCCCUCUGCAGUGGGAUGCUCAUGCCCGCCUUGUCUCUCCACCUUCUUGCUUCCGUCUUGCUGGGACGCUUACGCUGCCUCUGCUUUCCUGCUUAGACCCCCACCUGCUUUUCUGAAAGCACCUUCUUGUGGGUUUUUUUUUCCCCCCUUUUGUACUCUUUUUGUUAUGAAUAUCUGUCAUUUUGUAACCAAGUGCAGGAGGAAGGGGCAAGUCCCCCCCCUCCCCGGCUUCACUUAGGAACCGAAAAUGUUAUGCAUGUUGGAAUGUUAUUCACUCUGUAUUCAGCCCCUUGUUGAACCUUUGUUUUGAAAGCUUUGAUGCAGGCAAAUCAGAGUUUGUGUGUUUGCUAUUCUGAGGAGCUUGGAGCAGUCUCUAGAAGGAAGUGUCCGAAACCUCAGCCUCCUGUGUAUUUCCUACAGCUUUAUAUAAUAAACCAUUU